AUGGACUCAAACUCGACGACUUCCUCUGCCUGUCUGGCAAACGGACAUUCCGCAGGUGCAGGUGCAGGUGGCUCCAACGGUGUCGGCAAUGGGCCAUCAUCUUCAUCCUCAUCUCACGCCCAGACACAGGUGCCCAAGAGACUAUACUCGGUGUCGGCGCCGCCGCCGUCGCUGGCCGCGUUCAGGGCAUUAUGCACCCAAUCGACCAGCCGGGAGACGUAUCCGCACGCGUCGGCCGUGGUAUCCAACAUCCCCAUCUACGAUCUGCCGGAGUAUCCAGAUCUGCCAGCCGCAGCAGAUGGGGGUUUCGUGAUGGACGAGUUGCAGGACGAAUGGCACCACAUCCUCCUCUCGGGCCCCGGGGUGGUGGUGCUCCGCAACUUCAGCCCAGACAGGGAGUUGCUGGAGCGCGUCAACGCCGUGUUCGCGGACAUCAUCGCCGGAGAAGCUGCGCGAGGAGGAGCUGGCCAGGGCCAGGGCCAGGGCGGUGACCACUUCGCCGCGCGAGGCAGCAACGCACGCAUCUGGAACUCGUUCCAGAAACACGCCGAGCGAGACCCGGUCUCCUUUGCGCGGUACUACGCCAACCCGUACCUGGCCGCCAUGUGCGCCGCGUGGCUGGGGCCGGGGUACCAAAUCACGGCGCAGGUCAACGUCGUGCGGCCGGGAGGCAAGCCGCAGGUCCCGCACCGCGACUACCACCUGGGCUUCCAAUCCGCGGAGUCCUGCGCGCUAUACCCUGCAGCAACGCAAGUGGCGACACAGUUCUUGACACUCCAGGGCGCCAUCGCGCACAGCGACAUGCCGCGCGCCAGCGGGCCCACGCGCCUUUUGCCCUUCUCGCAGCAGUUCGCGCCGGGGUACAUGGCGUACCGGCUGGCCGAGUUCCAGGCUUUCUUUGCCCAAAACUGGGUCACCGUCGACCUGGCCAUGGGCGAUGCGCUGUUCUUCAACCCGGCCCUGUUCCACGCCGCGGGCGAGAAUACCACACGACACAUCCACCGCUCCGCAAACCUGCUCCAGGUGAGCAGUGCGUUUGGCAGGACCAUGGAGACGGUCGACACCCUGGCCGUCAUCGCGAGUUGUUGGGAUGAAGUCACGAGGUUGUACGUCGACGACGGAGCUGGAGCAGCAGCAGGAGGAGACAAGACACAGCUGCAGACUGGCACGAGAGUCGACGCCAUUCUGAAUGCAAUCGGCAAUGGCUAUCCGUUCCCCACGAACCUCGAUCGCAGGCCGCCUGCGCCGGGCGGGAUGGCGCCGGAGAACGAGGUCGAUGUCCUCCGCAAGGCGCUGCUGGAGGGGUGGGACGUGGAGCGGGUCGUGAGGGCUAUCACGGCGAUCCGGAGGGAUUCGAUGGCACAGAUUAGACGACCCAAAGAACAAAGUAAGUAA